AUGAUGCAAUUUCCUUGUACGCAAUUUGUCGUCACCGUGUACGACAUGCACACUCAUCAAUCUGCGAAGUCCACAACUCGUCGUCCGUCAUCGCACCGUUCCAAGUCUGCCUCAACGAAACGCAACCCCACAGGAACUGCAGCGGAUCAUGACAAUUGGACAACGCUGCAACAUUUCACUAAACGAGCAAGCAAAGCCAUCGAUCUCAUUGCUGAGGCUCGCCGUAUUUUAGACGGUGUUCGUGGUGAAGACUUCAUACCCGUCCUCCAAGCAUCUUACCGAAAACUCUACGAGUUCAUAACAACUUUCAACAACUCUAACAGCGAGGCUCUCAGCCUCAUUGAUAAACACACCGCUUUGUCUUCCUCAUCGGAGACACGCAAUAAAAAUUACUUAGCUUUAUCACAACAUCUCACCGAUAAAGACUACGACCUCCUAUCCGGAUCUAUGGAGGACUUAUUGACUGAGAUAACUCAAAUCUUGCAAAAUGAGACUGGUCCCUUUGUUCCUGCAAAGAAAACCGACGAUACUCCAGUUAUCUCGGCACAGGCCAAGGAAAUGAUUUCGAAGUUACCGUCACUUCAUAGUAUUUCUCAAUCGGAAGGAAGUGAUAAGAUAGAGGAACACUCCUCUUACCAAGUCGCUGCCACUAAACCACCAGCUGCACCAAUUGUGGUUAAAAAACUCUUUACAAAAGAGCCAGAAGCAAUUUCGUCUGGGUUACAACACAACAGUACUCCUGAGCAUCUGAAAGAGUUACCUGUUAUUACACAAUCAGGGACAAUUCCACAUGAACCACAGGCUGGUUCUACAAUUCAAGGAGAUAUCCUCCAAGACAUACUUACCAACUUCAUGAAAAACUUCGACAAAAAAUUUCAAAACUUUUCUGAAAAAACGGAGCACAAACUCCAACAGAUGAAACAACUACAAGGUCAUUUUAUCCAGCAACUGGAAGGGUUGCAAGAUAAUAUGUCAUUAGUACAAGAUCAGUUAAACCAGCACACUAUGGCUAAAGAACAGGCCUCGGAAAUCUCGGAAAUCAACCAAGAUAAUGAGGACAAAGGUAACAGCUCAUAUUCUGACGAUAAGCCACCUGUGGAUUCGAAAGCCACAUUCGCACAAAAACAUUAUCAAUCCCCACCUCAUCAGUCCCCACAUUAUCCAUCCCCACCAAUGGGUUCUCCACAAAUCAGCCCAGUUAAUUGUUCACCAACUCUUAGCAUCAGCUAUCCAGCAACUGACAUCAGUAACAUUUUGAACACACUCAAUCCGUUUAGUGGCAAUCCGGAUGAGUAUGCCCUGUUCAUAACUAGAUUCACGUCCCUAGUACACAACUAUCCAGGGAUCGACACGAUCAUGAAACUCAAUAUCUUGAUCAGCUUGUUGAAAGAUGAAGCUCAAGAGCUGAUAACCAGUGAUGAUCUCUCAGAAGACUUAUAUAAUACUUUGCGGGAGAAUCUAGAGCUUGUUUAUAAUCGCACCUCAGAUAGACGAAAACAUCUCAUGGAUGAUUUCAGAAAAAUGCCAGUCCACCAAACGGACUACAAACAGAUGGCACGUGACGUUAUGAAACAUGUAUGCCUGAUGAACUCUCUCAAAAAGAAUGACAUUACAGUUGAUGACCCACUCAUUAUAGAUCUCUUCGUGGAGAAGCUCCCCUUCCGCAUCAUGAAAUCUGUUGUAAAGAAAAACAGAGUGAAAUUACUCUCCUUCAUGCAGACAGUAUCCCUUGUCCAGUCUUUGAUCUCUGAAAACAGAACAGUGGAUGAGGCUAAAAAGAAGAAAAACAGCAGUACCCCGUUAACGGAAGUGUGUGUAGCGGAGGUCAAUCAUGUAUCCUCCAGUUCUAACAAGCCACACUCACAAAAUCAUCAUAAACAACACUUCAAAGAAAGACAACAGCAUGAGAAGCAAUUCCAGGAGAGACCUAAAACGCCUUAUCAAUUAUUAUCAUGUUUAUUUUGUCUCAAAGGUCACGAAGCAUUUCGGUGCAAGUUGUCGCCUCAGGACAAAAAAUCCGCGGCUGAACGGAAAGAACUCUGCCUGAAUUGUCUCUCAAACUCACAUCAAACACAACAUUGCAAAUCGAAAUAUUCCUGCUCAGUGUGCAAGAAUCGUCAUCACACUUCUAUAUGUGCGGAAAAAGAGAAGUUCCAACAGAUGGACACAACAUCACAGUUGCUUAACAGUAGACCAAUCACAAUGAACCCUAUCAGUAUUUCCGACACAGAAGCAGUUCGCCCUAUCGAUUUCUUGCUUCCAAGGGCAGAAUUGUCACUUCCAAACAAUCCCUUCACAACUACCACAGCCAAACUCGGAGUGACCGAGAACCAGACUCGAGAAUACCUUAAACAACUUGACACCAUUCGUCUACACUUAUGGGAAGAGUUCUACAAGGAACUCUAUACGGGAAACAAAGCCCCACGAUAUAAAGCCAAGUCACACAGUACAGAGAGUCCCCAGCCGAAUCAUGUGGUGCUGGUCGAAACACCGAAUCUGCCACGGUAUCGAUGGCCGUUGGCACGCAUCAUUCAACUACUACCAUCUAAAGAUGGCAAAGUACGAUCAGUUUUAUUAGGUUGGCGGGAAAGUCUUUGUCACUCUGUUUGUUUAAUCACUGUUCUCGUAUAUGGAGGCUGUGUAUGA